UGAUUCGUGGUCAGGCCCAAUAGUGAAUCAUAAUAGGGCCUUUAAAAGGCCUUUUAAAACUAAAGGCACGCGCGUCACUCUUACGCACUCUAAGGACGCGUGGAGGUUUUACCUCAAUUACACGUGACGUGAAGAAAGAGAAACUCCGAUUCCAGAGCUUGGUGGUGGAGCAGUGGAGACGCUUCCUCGCGAAUCUCGCAGUCCCACUCGUCUUCCUCGUCCCUCUUUUCCUUCGUUACCUUACCUCUCUCGGUCUCGCUCACUCGAUUCAAGCCUCUCCGUCUUCUUACGCUGUGAUUUCCAAACCCUAAUUUUUCAAUCCCUAAAGGUGAGUCUUUUGUUGCGUGUUCGUGUUCUUUGUUUUCGUUUCUACUCUUUUUCGUCUAAUUAGCGAUCUGGGUUGGUGUUUUUUUUGACGGAUUUUGGUGGGUUCGUGUUAGAUUAUCGAAAUUUUGGAUUUUAACUAAAGGGUCGCUGGAAAAAAUUGAAUUUUGUGUAGCUAUGACUUUUCCGAUUUCGGGUUUGGUUCAUGGGACGUUGAAAAUUUGUUGAAUUGUAUAAUAGAACUUGUCAGGAUCCAUCUGGGUAUUUCUUAAUUUAUGAUUUCCGGUGAAAAAGAUUCAUCGGGUAAUCGAGAACAUUUCUUUCUUUGUUUUGUAUAUUUAUGCUAACAUUUUUAUAAAAAAUAUCUCUGGAUCUGAGAUGUGUCAAUGGUCUUUGUUCCAUGUGGAGUAGAGUAGAUUCUAAGGUUUCUCUUUUGUUUUCUUUAAUAAUUGAUUCACUGUCAUGUCGCGUGAGUUGUUCUGUGAAGCAUGUUCCUUUUGGUUGUCUUGUAACAUGUCUGCACAUCUUUUGUUAUUUUUUUAUUUCGUUUUAUGUGAUUUUGUUAACUUGUAUUUGAUUAGAUGCGAGACUUUGUCUCACCAGUUAUUUUUGGUCUCUAUACAUUGAUUCUACAUCUGUUUGCUUUCCAUAACUUGUGGAAUUGGUUUAGUCAUUGUGUUAGUUAUCUUGUGAGUUUGAAUCACCCUUCCAAGAUUCCAAGGCAGUGAGGUGUGAUCUUGAGAUUAUGGCCAAAGCUAGGAGGGCAGGACGCAGGGUUCCUUCGCGGCGCUUCAGGGCAAGAGCAAAACCGUACAAAUUUCCAUCUUCUAACCGUCUUGUGGCAAGGAACAUGUUUGCAGAAGAUUGUUCAAAGUGUCUAGAGAAGAGGGACUGGGAGAAUGUUAUAUGUUCGGUUUGCAUGGAGUGUCCACACAAUGCUGUUCUUCUCCUCUGCUCAUCUCAUGACAAGGGAUGUCGUCCUUACAUGUGUGGAACCAGUUUCCGGUAUUCCAAUUGCUUAGAUCAGUACAAGAAAGCGUCAGCUAAGCUAAAGUCAUCAAGCCAUCAACAGAUCAAUAGGUCUGAGCUUGGAAAUCUCACUUGCCCACUUUGUAGAGGCCAGGUGAAAGGUUGGACAAUCGUACAGCCUGCUCGUGACUUUUUGAAUCUUAAGAAGAGGAUCUGUAUGCAGGAGAACUGUGUUUUUGCUGGAACCUUCAAAGAGCUGAGGAAACACAUGAAAGUUGACCACCCUAGUGCGAAGCCGCGUGAAGUGGAUCCUGAUGUGGAGCAGAAUUGGAGAAGGCUUGAGAUUGAGCAUGACCGGGAUGAUGUUAUGAGCACGAUUAGGUCGACAAUGCCUGGUACAGUGGUGUUUGGUGAUUACGUAAUUGAAAGGACCAAUGCCAACGGUUCAGAUUUAGAUGAGGGUGAUGAUGGUGGGAUUGAUGCUGCACUUGGUAGGAAUCUGGUGAAUGUUUUCCUUCUGUUACAUGCUUUUGGGGCAUCAGAGAAUCAGACAAGGCGCUCUGAUUCAGAUUCGAAUGACUCGACAACAAUCAACCGCGGAACAAGCGAGCUGAAUUUCUCUGAAGAAGAGGAUGAAGAGGAGGGGGAGAGGCAUAGUAACAGUAACUCUUUGGCAAGUCGAAUGAGGCGACAAGGACGUGUUCUGCUGGGACGUUCAGGUAGGAGACGUAGAGAUAGAGAAGCUAACCAGAACCCGGGUCCUCCUCCUAGAUGAGAGAGAUCACAAGAAUUCAAAACAGAACCCUUUAUCUGAUUCUGGGUUUCAGGUAAGUUUUAUGAUAUGGUUAGGUACAAAAUGUAGUUUCUACAAGUUUAAAACAAACAAAGAAAAGGCUUUUGGCUUUUGGCCUUUCUGCUUUUACCAUUGGAGAAUCUGGGAAUUUGACUAAAAUUCGUUUUCAUGUGCUCUUGAUGGUCAGAGAAGCAGUCUUGCAAUCUCAUGUUUUUUUUACUGUAUUCUGAGGUAACUUUCUGCGUAGAAAUUCACAAAAUAUAUAUCCUUGUGAAUAAGCAUGAUCAGUGAUGAUGACCAAUGAAGUCUGUUCACGAAUUCAUAAUUCGUGUUUCCUUCUGUUUAUAAGUUCAAUGAAAUAUGUUUCCUUUUGUUUGUUGGUUUCGAGACUUACCUUAUACCGUUGUGGAAGCUUCUAAGACCACCAACCUUGCAAUAAACAUGUGUUUGGGUUCUCUUAA